AUGAGUCGGUUAUAUGACAACAGACCAUUGCAAAACCUUCCUGUAAAGACCAUUAACUGGUCAAAAGUUUGGAAUCCCAGUCACUAUAAAAGUGGCCAUGGUUUCCUGCUUGAAGGUACACUGCUGAGGCGAUCUCGAUUUGCCAUUACAGACAAAGAUAAGAAUAAGUUUCGAUACAUUGUGUUGCACAUCAUCAUAAGCAAGGCCCAUCGACGCAAAUAUGACAGUUCUGGGAAAGAAAUUGAGCCAAACUUCGGGGAAACAAAGAAAGUCUCUACAGGAUUUCUUAAUUCUUCCUACAAAGUGGCACCAAAAGGUCAAACAGAUUGCAUGAGUGCAUCGCAAGUGAUUCCAUUGAUCUGUAAAGAAGAACUAGAUGUUCUGACCAUUCUCAGCCAACCAAUGAUUGAGCAAAACAACUCCAUGGUGUCUUUCUGGAUGGAGGAAAGUAAUGUAGACAAGAUAGAAAUACAAGAUGGAGAAACCAUUCGUAUGAGGACUGCUGGUGACUGCCCUUUUAUUGAAAGUUUUACGCGGAUUGAUCCAGGACUGGAACCACAGACAGUUGGCAACUACAGUGGAGGGGACCAAGUUGGUGAUGGUUGGACAUACAAAAUAAUGCAGUUGAAAUUGUCAGACACUGCAGAGGCAUCCGCAGCAACUGAUGGCAAUCAAAGUGGGUCCAGUGGCAUCAGUAGUGAAGGCAUGGGGGCAGAUGAAGACGAAUGGGAUGAUUGA